UCAAUACGAAGGCGAGUGAAACCUGGUCAACCAGUCCCCAAUGUUACUGAAGGGGGAAUGUCCCCGAGACACACUCCGCUGAUCAGCAGAUGGAGUGGGGAUGUUUCACUCAUCGCAUCGCUAAACCAGCAUGGUCGAGUUACUAGAGUUGUGCUAGUUAGCCACGGGUUGAAGAGUGGCAGUGGAACAAGAUACUGGCAUAGCCCUGAGGUAUAAAGACCUUCUUUCUUCCCCAGGAUAUUUUCCAGUAUCAUCUACAAACAAACCAUCCAUCUUUACCACCCACAAUCCCAAUCACCACCACCACCACCACCACCACCAUGAAGCUCCUUGCUCUCCUCUCCGCCGCCGCCGGUGUCUCGGCCCUGCCCCAGGCCCAGCAGGCGCAGGCCAACUACAACUCGUUCUCGGUGAUGUCCGCCCGCUCCGGGUCGCCGGUGCACCUGCUGCCCUUGAACGCCGCCUCCGGGGGCUUCUACCUGGGGCUGCAGAACGCCUCCAGCUACUGCCCGGACCAGGUCGCCGAGCUGGGCGCCUGCCCGCCUGGCACCGAGACGGUGUUUGAUGCCGGUGCCAACUCUUUGGACGUCUCCGUCCCCGGCGGCCAACAAGUCUACAUCGCCCCCAGCGGCGCCCUGGCCUUCACGCAGCCCCACUCGGCCUACCUCCCCGCCGGCUCCGUCGUCGGCGCCUUCAGCUACUCCCAGACCGCCGGCGCCACCUUCGGGUACUGGACCCUGCCCAACAGCGGCCUGAUCGCUUGCCCGGUCCCCGCUGCCGCCUCGUCUUCCUCGGCUGCCCCGUCUGCCACCCCCGCUGCCGGUUCCGCUGCUGCGACCGCCAGCAAGUGGCAGGUCUUCGCUGCCUGGAGCAACGCCACCGUCCCCUCCGGUAACGUCGGCGACUGCCUCGGAUUCGAUGCCUUGGCCGUCGGUCGCAAUGGUAGUGCCGCUGCUUGGGAGUAUAUCUAAACGUCUACUCCGUACGUACUCCGUCACUGUCUGCGGAUUGGGUUGGGGAUUGUGCCCAUCGGUGGAUGUUUAUAAUGUUUCGGGGAUGUGAAUGAUUGGUAAUGGAUAUAUGUACUGUAUAUGAAGUCUUGGGGAGAGGGUUGGUUAGUGGCCCGUGUUUAUAAUGAAUUAUUCUUCGUUUUCUUCUAGUGUGGGUGUUUCUGGUCUAGGAGGUGUAGUCUACUGGGUUCUUACGGUUUGUGCUUAUUAUUUGAUUGGGAUUUAGAUUUACUGGAAGCUUGAAAGGGGGAUGCGAGGGGAGAACGCAUAUGGUACAUGGCUGGGAAGGAGGUGGAUAUAGGGGAUGUCAGCAAAUCUUAUGCAUUCGCGGGUUUGUCGUUAGGUGGUUGUGGGCUGAACCCUUAUCUCUGUAUGUUUAGUAUUUCCAGU